AUGUUGUACGGCAUUGUCAUGGAUACUAUUCGAGAUGGUAUUCUGCGUUCCUAUGGAGUGAUUAUGUGGAAACGUGUUGUACACGAAGUUAAUUUACCAUUUGAAACAUUUGAAUUCUAUUCUCGAUAUGAUGAUAGUCUACUUAUAAAAAUUUGUGAUUGUAUGGUAGAGAUUUUAAAUGAUGGUACGCGUGAUACAUAUUUGGAAUUCUUUGGUACAAAUUUUAUACAUUAUUUUUACAGAUAUGGCUUUGAUAAAAUACUUCGAAUUGCUGGAAGAACAUUUCGUGAUUUUCUUUUUGUUAUUGAUGAAUUACAUGAUUCAAAUCGAUAUACUUUUCCACAAAUGAAACAUCCAUUAUUUCAUGUUACUGAAGAAGAUGAAAAAGGAACAACACUUGUUUAUAAAAGCCCACGUCAUGGUCUCACUCAUUUUGCUAUUGGUGGACUUAAAGCUGUAGCUUCAUUAAUAUACAAUCAGAAAGAUAUUCAUGUAACUGUACAACAUGAUUUUUCCACUGAUGAUUAUUCGUAUAUUGUCAUUUGGAUACAAUUUGAUAAUAAGAAUUAUGAAAUGAAACGGUUGGUUAAUUUUUCAUCUUUUCCCAAUAUAAGUGUGACAACUUUUCUUCAAGUAUUUCCAUUUUCUAUUCUUAUGGAUUCAUCGUUACGUAUUCGUCAUAUGGGUAGAAACAUUGUCCAAGUUUUUCCUGAUGAAACUCCUUUAAUUGGACGAUUAUUAAACGACAUCUUUCAGCUUAUUCAACCAGAAAUUUUUUUCGAAUGGGAUAAAAUUUUUUCCUAUGGUCAACAUAUUGUCUUUAUGAUAGAAAAUCGACUUCCACUACGUGCUGGACCAUCAAGUAGAAUUCGAUUGAAAGGUCAAAUGAAAUAUAUACAACACAAGAAUAUGUUAUGGUUUCUAUGUCACCCAGUUUUAGGAAUUAUAGAUGAUAUGAUUUCAGCUGGAUUACAUUUGACUGAUUUGAAUUUGUUUGAUUGUACAAGUGGUUUAUUGAUUACUGGUACAAAUCAAGGGCGACAAUUAGAGGAGACUACUUUCAAACAAAAGGAAUACACGAGAAAAGCAUCAUGCAUACGAAAAAAAUUAAGUUCAUGUCAUAAAAUGAAUCAAUGUUUACUCUAUUCAACUAUGCCAAAACAUAUUGCACAAUUACUUCAAUCUGGUGUACAAGCUAAUAGUAUCAGUGAAUGUCAACCUUUUGUUAGUAUCAUGUUUGUAAAUGUAAUGGGUUUACAAACGUUAACUAAUCAUUUUGAUGCUGCUCAUGCUAUAACAUGUCUUAAUAGAGUUGUCGUUUUAUUUGAUGCAAUUGCUGACAAAUAUGAUGUAUUCAAAGUAGAAAUACAAGCAGAUGCAAGUUAUAUGGUAGUUGCUGGUAUACAUGAUCAAGCGUAUAUUGCUCGAGCGCAAAAUGAAUCACAAUUGUCAUUGAUGUCGUCAGCGAAUGGAGAAGGAAAUAAUAAAGAAGAAAAUAAUGAUCAAAAUAAAAAUUUAUUUGAAUCGAAUUCAACUGAAAUUAUUGCAGCAUUAUCACUGGAACUUUUACAAGCUAGUCAAGAUGUUCAUAAUCCUAUAACUAAUAAACCAUUGAGUCUUAUAUUUGGAUUUCAUUCGGGUAUGGCCAUAUGUGGCAUUGUUGGUACACGAACUUAUCAAUACUGUCUAUUUGGUGACACUGUUAGAAUAGCAAGUCAAAUGGCGACCACUGGAGAAGUUGGCCGAAUACAUAUGAGUCAGACAGCAUAUGGUCAUUUGGUAAGAGGUCAACGUUUUACAAUGGAAUAUCGAGGACAAGUCUAUAUUGAAGUAUCUUAA